AUGAUGAAGAACAGUGCUCAAAAUGGUAAUGAAGAAGAUCCUUUAGAAAUUUUCACUAAUAUUGACCAUCAACCAAAACGUUUAGAUAUUGAAAAAAUUUACCAAAAAAAAAGUCAACUAGAACACAUAUUACUUCGUCCAGAUACAUAUGUUGGCUCUGUGGAACGCACUGAUAAAACGCCUAUGUGGGUAUAUGAUCAAGAAAGCGAUCGGAUCACUCAGCGGGAAAUUUCAUAUGUUCCUGGUCUCUAUAAAAUAUUUGAUGAGAUUUUAGUAAAUGCUGCAGACAACAAACAGCGUGAUCCAAAGAUGAAUGUCAUAAAAAUACAAAUAAAAAGGAAUAUGAAUGAAAUUAGUGUAUUUAACAACGGUAGAGGUAUUCCUGUAGUACUGCACAAGGUAGAAAAACUUUAUGUUCCUGAACUGAUAUUUGGUACUCUACUUACGUCUUCUAAUUAUGACGAUAGUGAACGGAAAGUGACGGGUGGUCGUAAUGGAUAUGGAGCAAAGCUGUGCAAUAUUUUCAGCACUGAAUUCACAGUUCAGACAUCUUCUAAAGAAUACGGGAAAGCCUUCAAACAAACUUGGGUAAACAAUAUGACUAAAGAUAAAGAUCCAGUUGUUACUAAGUCGGCUGGGGAAGAUUUUACUCGGAUAACGUUUAAACCGGAUCUUCAAAAAUUUAAAAUGACUGAAAUGGAUGACGAUAUUAUUGGUUUGAUAUCCCGCCGAGCUUACGAUAUUGCUGGUUCAACAAAAGGCGUCAAAGUGUACUUGAACGACAAACUGUUACCGGUACAAGGCUUUAAACAGUAUGUGGAACAGUAUACAAAGUAUAAUUUGGAUAGUGAAGGUGAACCAUAUAAGGUGGCGUAUGAACAGCCAAAUGAAAGAUGGGAAGUAGCUUUGACAGUGUCAGAAAAGGGUUUCCAGCAAGUUUCCUUUGUGAACUCUAUUGCUACUACGAAAGGUGGCCGUCAUGUCGAUUAUAUUGCAGAUCAGAUAACUGCUAAAUUAAUAGAUACAAUCAAAAAGAAAAUUGGAAAAAGUGGUAUAAAUGUGAAACCGUUUCAAAUCAAAAAUCAUAUGUGGAUUUUCGUUAAUGCUCUAAUUGAAAAUCCAACUUUUGACUCACAAACAAAGGAAACAAUGACGUUGCAAGCAAAAAGUUUUGGAAGUAAGUGUGAACUCUCUGAAAAAUUCGUCAGUGUCGUAAUGAAAUGUGGCAUAGUUGAAGCUGUUAUGGCAUGGGUUCGUUUUAAGCAACAGGAAACACUGGACAAAAAAUGUUCUAGUAAAAGAGCAAGUAAAUUAAAGGGUAUACCAAAACUAGAAGAUGCCAAUGAUGCAGGAACUAAAAAUUCUUCCAUGUGCACGCUGAUACUCACUGAAGGAGAUUCGGCCAAGUCUCUGGCCGUUUCUGGCUUAGGUGUAGUUGGUCGUGAUCGUUAUGGUGUUUUUCCUUUGCGUGGUAAAAUGCUGAAUGUUCGCGAAGGCAGUCAUAAACAAAUCAUGGAGAACGCCGAGAUAAAUGCUCUAAUAAAAAUUAUUGGUUUGCAGUAUCGUUUAAAAUAUGAUAAAGAUGAAGACUUGAAAACUCUUCGUUAUGGAAAAGUGAUGGUUAUGGCUGAUCAGGAUCAAGAUGGUUCUCACAUCAAAGGACUUGUAAUAAACUUUAUUCAUUAUAACUGGCCAGUAUUGAUUCGCCGUAAUUUUGUUGAAGAAUUCAUUACACCUAUUGUAAAAGUCACAAAAGGAAAGGAAACAUUGUCCUUUUUUUCACUACCUGAGUAUUCUGAAUGGAGAAUGAAUACAGAAAAUUGGAAAUCAUAUCGCGUUAAAUACUACAAAGGUUUGGGUACUUCAACAUCAAAGGAAGCCAAAGAAUAUUUCACUGACAUGAUUCGUCAUCGCAUUAAAUUCUGUUAUUCCGGUGAAGAAGAUGAUAAUUCUUUGGAUAUGGCAUUUAGUAAGAAGAAGAUUGAAGAUCGAAAAAUGUGGUUAACAAAUUGGAUGGCGGAAAAAAAAUCAAGACGUGAGCAAGGUUUGACAGAAGAAUAUUUGUACGACAAAAACACUCGUUCUGUUUCGUUCAAGGAUUUUGUGAAUAAAGAAUUGGUGUUAUUUUCAAAUGCAGAUAAUGAAAGAUCCAUACCAAGUUUGGUUGAUGGACUUAAACCUGGGCAACGCAAAGUAUUGUUUACCUGUUUCAAACGAGCUGAUAAAAAAGAAGUUAAAGUAGCUCAGCUUGCCGGUGCAGUUGGGGAAAUGUCUGCUUAUCAUCAUGGAGAAGCCUCACUAAUGUCAACAAUAGUAAAUUUAGCUCAAGAUUAUGUUGGUUCAAAUAACAUAAAUUUACUGCUACCUAUUGGCCAGUUUGGUACACGCUUACAAGGUGGAAAAGAUAGUGCUAGUCCUCGUUAUAUUUUCACACAGCUCAAUCCUGUCACUCGAGCAUUGUUUCCAGCUGUUGAUGAAAAUGUUUUGCGUUUUUUAUUUGAAGAAAAUCAACGAAUUGAGCCUGAGUGGUAUUGCCCAAUCAUACCCACAGUUUUGGUUAAUGGAGCUGAAGGUAUUGGUACUGCAUGGUCAACGAAAAUUCCGAACUACGAUCCGCGCAAAAUUACUGAUAACAUACGACGUUUAAUACGUGGUGAACCAUUGCAUGCUUUGAGCCCAUGGUUUAAAAACUUCCGUGGAACCAUUGAAAAAUUGGACGAGUCACGAUAUGUUUGUAGUGGUGAAAUAGCUAUUUUAAAUGAAAGCACUAUCGAAAUCACUGAGCUACCAAUUCGAGUAUGGACACAAAACUACAAGGAAAAUGUUUUAGAACCGAUGUUGGAAGGUUCUGAUAAGCAACCUCCUCUGAUAUUAGACUUCAAAGAAUAUCAUACAGAUGCAACAGUUAAAUUUGUUAUAAAAAUGAAUGUGGCUAAACUAAAGGAAGCUUCCAUGGAAGGAUUACACAAGACCUUUAAAUUGCAAACAGUUAUAAACACAAGUUCUAUGGUAUUGUUUGAUGCUCUAGGGUGCUUGCGAAAAUUUUCAACUGUGGAGGAAAUUUGUAAAGAAUUUUUUGAAACAAGAAAAAAAAAAUACAUUGAGCGAAAGGCAUUCCAAGAAGGUAUGCUCCGUGCGCAGAGCCAACGACUCAGCAAUCAGGCUCGAUUUAUCUUGGAAAAGAUCAAAGGCGAAAUACUAAUUGAGAACAAGCGUAAGGCAGUGAUUGUGGAGCAAUUAGUGAAGAAAGGUUUUGAUCCAGAUCCAGUAAAACAAUGGAAAGAAUCUCAGAAGAAGCGUGAAUUGGAAAUGACUGGCGAAGUUCAGAUGGAAGAUGAAGAGACCGACAAUGAAGAAGAAAGUGAUUCAUCCAGCCCGUCUACAAAGAAUGACUGGGAAAAGAAACUGAGUGAUUAUGAUUAUUUGGUAGGCAUGGCAAUCCUAAAAUUAUCAGAAGAAGAGAAGGAUAAAUUAUUACGUGAAAGUGAAGCAAAAUUAGCAGAAUUAAAGGUUUUGGAAGCGAAGAGUUGGGCAGAUUUAUGGGAAGAAGAUUUGAGUAACUUCUUGUCUGAAUUGGAGAAGCAGGAGGCAAAGGAAAAAGAAGAUUUGGAAAUGCAAGUUAAGGAUGCUACGAAAAGAGUUGGUAGCGGGACUUCAAAGGGAGGAAAAAGAAAAGCAGGCACCCUCGUGAAAGAGGUUCUUCCCGAUCCACAAGGUAUUCGAGUUGUGCCCCAUUUCGAUGCUAUCAAAGAAAAAUAUGACGCACGAAGAAAUGAUGGUGAACCCAAAGUUAAAAAACCUAGAAUACCGAAAGAGCUGAAAAAAGUAAAGGAAAAUGUUGAGGAUAAUGAAAAAUUGAAUAUCCAGCAGCAGCAGAAAAAAACUGCAAAAGAUGGCUUUUCACGAAGCAAAAAAUCAAAGAAAAAACAAGAUGAGUGGAAGUCAGGUGACAGCGAGGACGAUUUCGAUGAAUCUAAAUUUGUUGUUAGUGAUGAGGACAAUAGUGAUGAUGGGGUUGAAAUUAAAAAAACUACUGCUAAAGAUCGAAAAAAACGAGCAAACCAAUUAAUGAGCGGUCCGGAUCAAAAUGAUAGUUCAGCUGCUGAUGAAAGUUCACUGAUACCAGAUGACGAUAAAACAAAGAAAUUCUGUGAAAAAAUCGGAAAUCUGUUCGUUGAUGAGGAAAUAGAAACAGGUGUUCCUGUGUCUAAUAGUGCUAAUGCAGAAAGGAAAAAACGAUGUAUUACUAAAGAAGCAAAAGCAAUGGACAAAGGUAAAAAGGUCAAAGAUAAGGAUAACAAAAAGGAGACGAAAGCUAUGGAUGGUGAAAAGGAUAAUGAUACGCCACCGGCAUCAAGUUUGGAACCAGCAACUUCACGUCGUGUUGGAGGUCGACAGCGCAAGGUAAUUAAGUAUACGUUUGAUGAUGACGUUUCUGAUUCGGAUGAUGAUUUUCCACUUCCACAGACGAGAAAAAGACGAAAGAAAUAUGAGAGUGACGACGAAUUUCAGUUAAGUGGUUAA